GUGACAGUAACGUAGGGGUUGAUUUGAAUUUCCAGACAUCCCUCCUGCAGUCCAGUACGCACGGGAUAAACCCCAACCUCUGUGCAAGGUCUCCACCUCCCCCUCCCCUCCUGACGUCAUGCACCGAGCUGAAGCUAUUGCACGAAAAGAGCUGCUCGCAGCCGCACUACUGUGAAUAUCUGUAUGCUCAUAGUCAGGAGUGUGGAGUGUGCAAAGGAGGGAGGGAGUGAGAGAGAGAGCGAGAGAGAGAGAGAGAGGUGGAGGGAAUACAGUUGGAUUUGGAUACAACUGGAAAACUACCAAGCGCGCACAGCACGCACCGAGCGGAAGGCACAUCGACGGUGCGUAGCCAACAUUUCACCUACUCCCCCCCCGUCCCCUACGAUCGGAUUCAGGCGAGAAUGGAGCUCCCUGCCGCCGGAGAGCACGUCUUUGCGGUGGAGGGCAUUGAAAAGAAACGCAUCCGCAAGGGCAAGAUAGAGUACCUGGUCAAGUGGCGAGGCUGGUCUCCCAAAUACAACACAUGGGAACCAGAGGAAAACAUCCUUGACCCGCGUCUCCUCGUCGCGUUUCAACACAGAGAGAGGCAGGAGCAGCUGAUGGGAUAUCGUAAACGGGGACCAAAACCAAAACAUCUUUUACUGCAGGUACCCUCAUUUGCCAGAAGAUCCAGUAUUCCUGCUGGUUUUGAGGAAUCAUCUCAGGAUGCAGAGGGAACCCUCAAGUCCGAUCCCGUCCAGUUCCAGCGCCCCCAGCCUCAACAAUACCAGCUGAACAGCAAGAAGCACCAUCAGUACCAGCCCAGCAACCAGGAGGUGCCUUCUGACCAGCUAACCAAUGGCAAGAAGAAGUUAAUCUACCAGCUCAACAGCAAGAAGCACCACCACUAUGAGCCUGACCUGAAUAUGUACGACGCACAAGCUUCGAGGCUCAAAGAGGUGGUCAAAGUUCAGGAACCGGCCAGUAAACCAGCAAAUCCUGGUUGGAACUUACCUCUGGCCCUGCAGCAGAAAUGGGUUCGUGACAAAGACACAGGCUGUUUAAGCAAAGUCAAAGAGUUGGCUGUGGAGGUCAGGAAACCAGCUGUUAAAGAAGCUGAGAGCGAACAUGCCCUUAAACCCAAUCCUAAAGACGCAACCCUACCUAGUGCUAUUAGCAGCAAAAUGAAGAUAAUCAAGAACAAAAACAAGAAUGGACGUAUUGUUAUUGUCAUGAGCAAAUAUAUGGACAGCAACAAGGUUCACGGAGCAAAGGGUAAACACGGGGAAUCAUCAAGUGAAGAGAAACCCCAAAACACCAAACCAUCAGAGAACAAUCCAGCACAUACAACCAAAAUGUUGGAGUACCCAGAGAACGGUAUCCCCAAAGAAAUCUGUAAUGGCAGCUCCCUCCCUGCUGCAGAGCAUCCUAUAAAGUGUUCCCCAAAAGACAGACACUUCUCCAAACCUUCGCCAAGCACAGCCGAGGAAUACAACACCGAAGUGGCUCGUGGUCAGGCUGAUUUACCAGACGAUCUACCCCUUCAGCUGACCGCUAGCUCACCCAUGACAUCAUGGGCUGUUGAUACCAACAUCCCAACCCCUACAGCCGUCGACCAGAUCAGGAUCCCUUCUUUUCCUAACGACCGCAAGCGAAAGCUAUCAGAUCCCGUGGAGGACAGGAGUGUUUCUAAAACUUACCUGACUUCAAGAAGCUUCAGUGUCCCCAGCACUGUGGUCACGCCGCCUCAGGACAAACCUAUGGACCUCCACUGUAGUGGCCCACGCCACACCAGUACAUGUACAUAUGAAGUCAUGGACUCUGGCAGCCAAGAGGAGCCGAUGGAUCUCAGCUGCCGAAAGACUCAGAAGCAGGUGGAGCCGGAGGUACAGCCGGAGCCUGAGCCUGUUGUCCAAAACACACCGCCUGUGGUGGAAGAAACAGAAAAAUCCACAGAGAAAUCUAAAGAAGCACCUGUUAAAAAAAUCUCCCCUUUUAUGGGAAAUAUAAUAAUCACUGACAUCACAACAAACAGUCUCACCGUCACCUUCAAGGAAUAUGUUUCCUUCUAAGAAACUGUUUUUAAAAUGGGACUACCAGUGACCGACUGGAUGAUCCUGUUAAUAUGUGCAUAUGUAAAAACAUCAGAAUUUUGUAUAUGUGGAAAUUUAUAAUUUAUCAUUCAAAUUCAAUAUGUUUCUUAUAAUGUUUUAUACUGUAACUCCUCUGUGACGUUGUAGCCAAGUAAGUGCCCUCGAGGAUUUGAGCGAAUGCAUUCAGGUGGAUGUAUUCCACUAAAAAAGAAAAACACACAAAAAAAUCAGUUUAUUUGUCAUAUGGAGCUUAUUGGGAUGCUUUUGCUGUUGUUUCAUACCUGUACCAAACUUAUAACCUGAGAUGUAUGAAGGUUUAGACAUAUUUUGUAUGAAUAAUAUCACUUAUUUUGGUCCCGAUAGAAGGUAGAGAGGAAGUUGUUGAGUAUGUGGUGAUCAAAGAUCAAAUUUAAAGCACUUAAUUACAUUUUCAUAUGUUGGUUUGUGUAGUGGAGAAACAGCUGUUCUCUUUAAGUCUUAUUUCACUGAUUGUGAAGACCGGUAACCUCCAGAUUGAAUCGACAUAUUUUGUUAUAAGUGUGUCUGAAUAGGAUGCACUCGCCUCUUCAAGUCUUUUCUUUCGUCAGGUUUUUGUCUUGACGCUGAGAUACAUCAAAGCCGUCAGUGAAUAUGCUGUUGCAACACGAUCUGUUAAUAUAUUGCACAUCUCACCUUUGUCUACAUUUAUGGAAUAACACGUGACUUGUCAAAGGUCAGUUAAGGAAAUGGUGUCGUUUAUCAAAAGUGUGAGUUCCCGUUAAGACGACAUUUUGAUUUGUACCAUAAUUAGGUUGUGAUUUAUUACCUUACUGUUGACCUCACAUUUUGCUGGAGUUACUUUAAAAAUACCUACGCUAGUCUCGUUAGGAGCCUCCUAAUGUCACACAGAUUAGCAAUAUUCAUCUCAUUUUGCUAUUGAAGCUCAUUAUAUGAUCUGAAAAAAACACAUUGUUUCCUUUAGAAAAAGCUACCAGGGUCAUUGAUGAGGAUGUUACGCAGAUUAAAUGUGAGUUGCGAGGCUGGCUUUCCAUACUGUUACAUGCAAUCCAAUGAGUGCAAGUUUUGAUUAUGCUGCUGAAAGUUCACACGUCAGAGCUGUUGGAUGUAACCUACAUUUGAGUCUAAAUUGCCUUCCAUGCACAUUUAAUGCAAAACCAGUGAGAAUGCUAAAAUGCUAUGAUGAUGAUAAUAAAAAUGAAGAGUGCAUAUUUAUUGACGAUUUAAUUUGUUCAAAAACAUUACAAGAUGUAAGCGUCAGAAGCUGCGAGUGAUUUUUUCUGAGUCCGUUUGCUCCUUUUUGUUUAUCUUUGGCUUUGUUUUGCUCCUUCUUUCUUGCACUUGGUUCAAACUAAUUGAUUGUUAUAAAGUAUCUUCUACCACGAGUUGGUUGACUUAUUGCCGUUGGCACAGCUUAUUUGGAUGGUAUGUUUCACAAUAAAGAAAGAGAAAUGACCUCUGA